AUGUCCUCUCACGAUCACCACCAUGAUCAUGGCCACGGCCACGGCCAUGGUGCUGGUCACGAACACGAUCAUUCCCACGACCUCGAGCCAGCACUCCAAUCGAACCUCUACAAACAAAUCAACUUCGAAGGCAUCACCACGCUCAACGAGGCUGAACCGCGCUCGGGGGCGGCGAUUGUCCAGAAGACAUGGGAUGAACGCCUCAAUGACCACCCCGUCCUCGAAAGCGAUGCAGACGAACAGUUGCUAAUGCAUGUGCCUUUUGCUGGAUCGUGCAAGCUGUAUUCCAUCAUCGUCCGCACAUCAGACACGGACUCGGCACCACAGACCCUCAAACUGUUUCGGAACAGAGACGACAUGGACUUCAACCUCGCAUCCGACCUGAAGCCCACUCAAAAGCUGACCCUCCCGAAAAGCAAUGACGUGGCCGAGAUACCCCUGAACCGUGCUCUGUGGAACGGCACGACCUCGAUCGACCUCUUCUUCGAGGACAACCAUUCCGACGGAGCGGAGGAUGUCUCUCGCAUCAGCUACCUUGGGUUCAAAGGAGACUUCAUGGCACUGAACCGCGAACCAGUCCACGUGCUGUACGAAGCGGCGGCAAAUCCUCAAGAUCAUAAGUUGAUCCAGGGGUUGAUCAACACCAACCAGUCCAUGCCGGGUCAGUGA